CAAGAGCUCUUUCUUGUGACCUUGCCGCAGAAGAAAACACAUUGUGUAACUGCACUUGGCCAACAAACCGGGCAGAUGUAUAUUAAUCAUUGGCUGAUGACGAGCUCAGAGGUAACUGCGCAAUGUGAUGCACCUUCAAAAAAUGUAAUCCUGGCAUGUAUUAAGAAAGAAAAUUUCCAACAAUGAUGAGGGCUUGUUACUUGCCAUGCACAAAUGGACAAGGGACAGAGAUUUCUAGUCUCCUGUAUUGGAGAUUAAUUGAACCUGGGCCAAGCACGCAGAAGUGAUUGGUAAAGGAAGAGUGUUUCUUCUGAGGCAGUUUUAGAACAGCUUGUCUUGCUUAAUGAAACAGUAACAAAUACCAUGACUGGGAGGGGAUAUGACUGCAGUCUGUCUGUCAGGGCAGUGAGGAGGAACAAAGCCUGCUUAGGGGGAAUACUGCAAAGUAGCCAUCAAUACCAGUAGCUAAAUUUAGCAUUAAAACAAAUUUGUAUAAUUUGUAUCAUGUUCUACUUGCAUAUUAAUUGGAAUUAAAAGAUACAAAAUUGGACCUAAUUAUUAUUGUUUUUUAUAAAAGAAACCCUUUUAAAUAUGCUGAAAGCAUACUUUUGAAGUCAAAAUUUGCCAAGUACUCUCUGUAGUGAAGAAAUUGAAUGCUCCUAAUUACACUGACUUUAUGUAUUUUCUGACUACGUAUCUGUGCCAUUUAUUUCAGGAGGUCAAAAUUAAUGAGUAGUGUUGGGGAAACCAUGAUUUUCACUCCUUAAAUAACUUCGUAUAUCUUUUCUUUAAGAUUCUGUGUCCUGGUAUGUCUUGAGCUCUAGAUUUUGCUCUUUUUCUUUGCUUCUAGAACCUGCUGUUGUUUCAGUACUCUCUCACAGGUCCUCACAGGAUCUGUAUUUACCUAUUUGAACUAGGCCUAUAGUGUGUUAGGAAAAAAAUAAUUGCCCCAUAAAUACAGAUAUAUGGUAUAUUUUUUCUAGUUCUUUUUAAGUAUGUGUGUGAACUGGGGAUAUAUGGACACAGAAGAUUAAUUUCCAGAAGGAAACUUAAGUAGCCUUAAGAAAAUCACCUAUGUUCGAUUUGCUUCAACAACUCCACAUUUAUUUGUAAUUUAAAUUAAGUUCUUGUGGCACAAGUGUAUUCAUUGCUCAAGAGAAGGAAAACUUGUUUUUCUAGUAGGUGUGGCUGCUGUUACCGACAUUAACAGAGCACCAGCUAUCUGAAAUACAAUGUGUCCAUAGCUGACUUAGGUGUUGUACCAGGAUUUUUUUCCCUCAGUAUUGUUCUGUAUUGAAUAAUACUUGCAAUUUACCUUAAAAAUAUUUAAGUUUUUAUCUGUUUGAAAUAAACGAUUGGUAGAUUAUCUCAGCAAAAUACCUUAGCAAAAAAUAAAUGGAGGACUGAACAGAACUUCACUCAGCUAUCUGCUUUAAAAGGUACUUUUUCCUUUCCAGUGUUCACUGUUUAAAACAGUUGAAAAGAUGUAUUUCUUCUUGUUUAUUAUCUGCUAGCAAAAGCAGAAGAAAAAAGCAGACCCCUCCAGGUACAGAAACUGCUCCACACAUCUGACAAAUGGAGGCAUUCAGAGUGUCACAUGCAGUAUCAUCCAUACCAUUAAAGAUGUGGCAACAUAAAGUACAAGGACAAAGAAAUUUACAUCCACCUUUAGAUAAAUUCAGAAUGUUGUGUGGCAGGAAAAAAUCUUACUUUGUUGCUGCUGUGUGCAUUAUUACUCUAACUUCAAUGGUCACAGUUUCUUAUCUUAGGUUGCAGAGACUUUCUCACCAGCCAAAAGUAAUUCAAGAAGGUAGCAAAUGUAGAGGGGAAAUUGCCAAUAGCACAAUAACACCAUUAAAAGAUAACAAAACUUUUAUUAUAUCCCCAUACUUUGAUGACAGAGAAAGCAAAGUCACUCGUGUGAUUGGGAUUGUUCACCACGAAGAUGUGAAACAACUAUACUGCUGGUUCUGCUGUCAGCCCAAUGGAAAGAUCUAUGUAUCAAAUGCAAAAAUCGAUGUUCACUCAGAUAGAUUUGGAUUCCCUUAUGGUGCAGCAGAUAUAGUUUGUUUGGAACCUGAAAACUGUGAUCCAACGCAUGUAUCAAUUCAUCCCUUUGCACAUGGAAAUAUUGACCAGCUGCCAAGGUUUGAAAUUAAAAACCGCAAGCCUGAGCCCUUUUCUGUUGACUUCACUGUGUGCAUCUCUGCCAUGUUUGGAAACUACAACAAUGUCUUGCAGUUCAUACAGAGUCUGGAAAUGUACAAGAUUCUUGGAGCACAGAAAGUGGUGAUCUAUAAGAACAACUGCAGCCAUCUGAUGGAGAAAGUCUUGAAGUUUUAUAUAGAAGAAGGAACUGUAGAGAUAAUUCCCUGGCCGAUAAACUCACACCUCAAGGUUUCCUCUAAAUGGCACUUCAUGCAAGAUGGAACACACAUUGGCUAUUACGGACAAAUCACAGCUCUAAAUGACUGUAUAUACCGUAACAUGCAAAGGAGCAGGUUUGUGGUUCUUAAUGAUGCUGAUGAAAUAAUUCUUCCUCUUAAGCAUCCAAACUGGAAAACAAUGAUGAGCAGCCUUCAGGAACAAAAUCCAGGGACUGGCAUUUUCCUCUUUGAGAACCAUAUCUUCCCAGAAACCAUCUCUACUCACAUGUUCAACAUCUCGUCCUGGAAUACUGUGCCAGGUGUUAACAUAUUACAGCAUGUUCACAGAGAGCCUGACAGGAAAGAUGUAAUCAAUCCCAGGAAGAUGAUAGUUGAUCCACAAAAGGUGAUUCAGACUUCUGUCCACUCUGUCCUACAUGCCUAUGGGGACAGUGUGAAUGUUCCCAUGGAUGUUGCCCUCAUUUAUCACUGUCGGAAGCCCCUUCAAAGAGACCUCCCCAGAGAAUCCCUUGUCAGGGAUACAGCCCUGUGGAGAUACAACUCAUCGUUAAUCAUGAAUGUUAACAAGGUGCUAUCUGAAACCAUACUGUAAGUUCAAAAGUGAAACCUCAGUUCUAAGGAGGGAAAGUGGAGAGCCACCCUUAUUGUGGGAAGGCAGAGGAGAUUGUUUAAAGAGCAUAUUAAAAUGAUUUCCACAUGAAGGUUACAUUUUGCAGUGAUUAUUUAGGGAAUCUAUAGCAGAGCCAGGAGUCAUUUAAUCAUAUUAAAGUUCAAUGUAGAUUGCACUCUUGUAAAAUGUAAAAUUUGUUUUCAGUUAAAAAAAAAAAUUUAAAAAAUCAGUAUUUCUCAACUGAUUCAAAUAAUGCAAAUCAGUUUUCAACUGUACUAGAAAUACAGCUAUAGUCAUUAGUAUUAAACCUAAUUUGCUUAAUUCUUGAAGUUUGUAUGUCACUGGAUACAAAAUUUGUAUGCACCAAUUGAGUAAAAGGUAAAUUAUCGAGCUAGCUCUACAUUUCAACUGUAAAAAAAUUAACCCCUCAUGUUCUUGGAAAUAGUGUCUGUUAAAGUGGUGAUGUACUGUCACACUAAACAGCUUUUGGGAGUUUUGCUGAUCCCAGUGUCUGUUCAACUGGGUUUUUGAGACAUGUAAGUUUAAGAAGAAGAGUGAUCACUCUAAUUACCCACAGCUGUUCUGAAUUACUUAAGUGGUAAGUGCUGAAUUGUGUUGGAAAGGUUUAAAACAGAGGCAAGGGAUACAGUUUGAUGUUAAAGAGACUUUUGUGAACUGAAAAGAAGCUACUUCGAGGAGGAAAAAAUGGAUGGCUGAACAACUAUUUACAAAACAUAUUAGUUUGUUGGGUUUUUUUCUGGGACCUUGAAGCCUCGUAAGAAAAUGCUUCUUCAUGAAAUUUAGGCAUGAAUUGCAUUUUUUUAGUCCAUUAUGUGGUGGGUAAGUUGAAUUAUAUUGCUUCCUUGUGUAGGUGUAAGGGUACAGAAGCUGCAUCUUUUCCAACCUUUAUCUAAAAAUAGUGCCAAGUAGUUACUAACUUCUGCUGAAGGGUCAGAUGGAAAGCAAAGCAAACAAAAAAACCUCAGUGUAGUUCCACGGUUUCAGUCAUAUAUUUUCUGUUUGAUAAGUCCCCAUGUGCUGUACUGUUGUGGCAUUGUAUUAGAACAUUCAUAUGAAGGCACAUCUGAGGGCAGUCAGUCUGACACUGGUGUCUGACAGAGGGAAGCGUGUGAGAGGUUUGCUUUUUUAUAUUUCUACACCAGUGUCACUCUUUCAUCUCUUCCUCUAUUUUGUGGUGGCACAUACCCUUAAGCUCUGUCAAUAGUAGAUUAGUAUUAUUAGCUAGCAGAUGUCCAAGAGGAACUUUACUUAGAGGUCUUCAAGAGACAGUCUUUAAAAAACUAUUUGCUAAUUGUGUUCAUAAUUACUAGCUGCUAUGUUACUGGUUAAAAUUUCAUUUGUAAAACUAAAAGGGUAGAAGAGCAGUGUAGCGUGUACUGGAUGCUUGUCAUUGUGGUUUCUGCUUGCAUACUCUGGGGCAGUGUAGAAAAGGAAAACUUAAGAGUUCUGAUUUAGAAUUCUGAUUUAGUUUAAACUUUUCUGCAACUUGUGAAAUACCUGUGGCAGAAUUCCUUUUCAAGUACCACUUCACAGCUUUUGGCUAACUGUGGCAUUUGCUUCGGAGUGGCUGCAAUGUCUCCGAAAGUUUGUAUCAACAAACUGGCAGCUGUAUUUACAGCCCAGGUGCCUGCUGCAGGGGUACUGUCUUGCUUAGUAACAGGUCCACUUAGAAGUUUAGACUCAUGUAGUUUGCAAGGGGAAUCUGGAAGUCCAACUCAUAGCAUGCUUUGCUCAGGACUUUGUCUAGGCUGGCUGGACACACAGUCUCUCUGGGCAACCUGUUCCAGACUUAACCUAACCUCUAACAAGAGAAUUUCUCUUGUUGCAGUUUGUGACAAUUGGCCGUUGUCUUGCUGUAUGAGUCUGACUUUGUUUUCUUUUAGUUCCUUAUUAGUUAGCUGGAGACAGUAGCAGGGCCUCCCCUCCCCUUGCCCACCACCACCUUCCUUUUCCCCACCAUUCUUUCUGGAAGGCUGAACUUGGCUUUCAGUUUCUCUGUCAUCUUGUGCUCCACCCCUCUGGAUUCUUCAUCAUCAAGGUCACUAACAAAGUAGUUACCCACAUUUUCCUGUUUCACUGAUCUGGGUACAGUGACAUUUCUGGCAUGCUCCUGUUUAAUCUUUCAAAGUUAACACACUGUUUUAUAGGUGGCUCCUUAAGAGGAAGCUGAGUUACCACACACAUCAUACACAGUGUAGUUACUCCUACAUUAAGAAUGAUGAAAACUUGGUGUCAAGAGAAGUAAUUGAAAGCUUUCUACUUCAUGUAAGCUUCCUUCACUUUUGAGUGCAGUUUGACUUGAGAGUUGUGAAUUUGGGUUCAAUUUUUUAAAAUCCUUGACUACAGAAACAUUUUUCAAAGUAAAUUGGUAUGAAUAAAGGUGGAAAACUGAGUGCUUAAGACUCUGGCCUGGAAUUUAAGAGACAGUGCUCCACUGUGACUUCAUGCAAUUCCUAUUGCAUCACUCAAAUACUGAUUCUUACAUAUGAAACUCCCACUGGUGUAAUUAAUACUUGCAGACAUUGGGGAACCCUGGCCUUCAUUCAGUACUAAGUAUGAAAUUGGGUCUCCUUUGGAGAGUGGGAAGAAAAAAAUCAUAUUAACAAUACUAAUGCUAACAGUUUUGUCUUUUCAAGGACAUGAGCCAAUCUUCGUGAAAACUCCUGUUUUCAUGUUGUGUAAAAAAAAAAAAAAGACAUUAAGGGGAGAUUUUAUUUUAAGGGAGGAGGGGAAACCAACCUAAAGCGUUUCUAAAGCAC